ACUGAAACAGCGUUAUUAGAAAAUUAAUAAUCACAACUUUGAGCAACGGAUUAUUCCACGCAUGACAAUAUUAUCUUGUCUAUAAAUAGAAUUUCACUGUAAUCAUCAUUAUGGCUGCUGCAUACGAUAGGCUGAAUGGAGAUCCGCACCAUCCGUCCAACAAUUCAAAUGGCACGAAUUGGAUCAUUUAUGCCGAGGAUAACGCAGUUCUCGGCUUUGGUCAACACAAGGAUUCUAACCAUUCACGUCACGGGAAAUACAAUGAUGCCCAGAUUAAUAAUGCACACUAUAUCUUUGGCUGUCUAUGGGUGUGUUUGCUGAUCCUGUGCACCGUCGGCAAUGCGCUUAACUUGGCCGUGCUGCUACGGAGUGUGAAAACAUGGAAAAUGUCCGCUUGUCAUUAUAUGAUCGCUACCGCCGUAGCCGAUCUGGCAUCACUGUGGUUGACGCUUCCGUAUCUCCUCCAGGUGAUAACUCUAGGACGGACUGUUCAUACACCAUCGAUUGCUUUUGGUGUUGUGCCGUGGCUGGUUGAAACAUCCAUGUGGCUCUCUGAUUGGAUUCUGGUGGUGUUUUCUUGGGAGCGCCUAUUGGUGAUCCUCAGCCCACUUCGCUUCCGCUGGCUGCAAAGGGUGUCGGUAGCACACAUUAUCAUCCUAAUCCUGCUGAUUUUAUCGUUUCUCUUGAACAUGAUUGAUUUUGUGGUGAACUACGCGGACCCGCAUAUCUUAGCGUACGGCGCACGUUUCGGCAUUGAUGCCGACAAAUCUGUGGGCUGGAUUCAUCAGUGGCUUUCAGUCCAUGCAACAGCCAAAAUUGUUGCACGCUUGUUAACCUUUCUUCUUGUCCUCAUUCCGACCGGCGGUGUUAUCAUAUUUCUUACAUACUAUCGCCGUUCGACGAUAAAUAAGAUGCGGAUUACUCCCAACGCCGGCAAUGAAUCCUGUGAAGCGGUAUCGCGAGGCACCUAUAACAGCAUCAACGUCAUCUUGCUCAGUAGUGCCGCGCUGUUUCUGUCAGUGCGCGCGCCACAGACGUUCCAGAUGUGCGUGCUGGCCGGUAACAGUUCAGUUGCUCUGUAUAACGCCGAUGAUUCGGUUACGGCGGUAGCUGAUGAUUUCAUCAACCUAAGUAGUUUGGCUGGUUACGCGUUUAAUUUCUACGUUUAUCUGAUCACCGAGCGGCAGUAUCGACGGCGCUUCAUGGAUGUCGUUGUCCGGCCGCUGUUAUCCUGUUGUACGACAACACUGCCGCUCUCCGACAAAGAAUCCUGCCAAGUGGAAGAAGGCAACCCGGUCAGCUCAUUAACGUCAGUUUAAUGCCGGCAUCCGCUAUUAUGGACUUCCGGCAUUCGGAGCAGGAGCAUCCGACUAUUGCUGGAUGUCAAUGGUGUCCAACAAUCUACUGCAAAAUAUAAGACAGCUGGUAACGGAAACCGAAGCAUAGAUAGAAAAGCACGACUGCGCCAAAUUCGACGCGGAAGUAUACCCAGGAUGACUGCAUACCCAGGUGCGAUUUGCUAUCACGUAAACACACACAACGUUUUCCUGGCCCUACCAGAUCUGAAAAGUUUAUCAUUCAUCCAUCUUCAAAACUUUCAAGAAGCCGAAAAUAACCGGAUAUUAUCAAGCGUACCAGAGACGUCACGCAGACGCAAAGACGUUAUUGUGUCGAAAUGCAAUUGUUCGCACAGUUUUCCCUUUUAUACGAGUUUUGCAUAACUUUCUCUCUUAUGUUCAUUAUCCUGGUUUGUGAAAUAACAAAGUAUUAAUGCUAUUAAUUUCUUGCUGCUCUCGCUCAAUUAACGCUCCG